AUGAGUAACACAACGUGUUCAAAUCAAAAUCUUAAUGUUAAACAUGUUGCAACUCUAUUCGAAGAAGUUCAAAAUCGUUAUAUUAAAAAAUUAACAACUAUUGAUGAAAAACAUAUAACAACUGAUGAACGCCAUAAGCAAAAAUUAGCUGUUUAUGAGAGCUAUGUAAAAGAUUUAUCAAUUCAAACACGUUUAUUAUUACAAAGUCUUGAUGAGCUUGAAAACGAAGCUAAUCAACGUGUUGCUUUACUUGAAAAUAAACUUAAAAAAGCACAUGCAUCUUUACAACAACAUCAUUCAUUGUCAGAUGUAACAAAAAGUGUUAGCAGCAUUGAAUCGGAAAAGUGGAAAUUGAAUCAUGAAAAUCUUGAUUUAAAACAUGAUCUCGAUUCAUUAACAACAUUUAUUAAUACCGCUAAACGAACGGGUAAAUGGGAUACAAAAAGACUUCAAUUAAAAACUAUUCCACUUGAUCGUAUUAUUGGUAUAUCAAAUGACGAUAUAAAUCCUACAGUACCUUUACAUAAAGAAAUUCAAUAUCGUGAUGAACGUAUACAAGUUUUACAAGCUGAAAUUGAACAACUUCGAAAAACAAAAGAUGAAUUAAUUAAACAAACACCGAAUAGGCAGUCAUCUUUCGCUUCAUUUAUGGCAGAUGAUAAUUCAAAAGAGCAAAAUAUUGUUCUUUCAAAAAAAGUUGAAGAUCUUCGUGCUAAACUUGUUGAAGAAUGUCAAAAAACUGAAACACUUAAAAUGGAUACACGUCUCAAAACUAAUGAAUUAAGAGAUCUUCAAGAAGAAUAUCAAAAAAAUAAACAACAUUAUGAUGAACAUACACAUGAUUUAUCAACAAAAUUGAAAACAAUAACAGAUCGUCAUCGAGAAUCAACAACAUCACUAAAUAAUGAUAUUAAACUAAAAAAACAACAAAUUGAACAAUAUACGCAACAAAUCGAACAAAUUUUAAGUGAAAAAGUUCAACUUGAAAAUGAACGUAAUGAUUUACAACGACAAUGUCGUGUUAAAGAUACAAUAACAGCUGAUUUAGAAGUACAAAUUCGUAAUCUUCAACGAGAAUUAACAUCAAAUAAUUAUCCAAUUAUUCCUAUACAACCUGUUGAAUCAACAGUAUCAAAAAUUGAAUAUGAAAAACUUGAUCAAGAAUUACAUUCAACUAAAAAACGACUUGAUGGAAUUACAGCUGAACUUAAAACAAAAGAUGCUUUAAUCAAUAAACUUGAACAAGAUCUUCGAGCAUUAAAAAAAUCUCAUGAUGAACAAUUAGAACAACAUAUUGAAACAUCAACAAAUGAUGCUGAACAAUUACAUACAGAAAUUCGAGCAUUAAAACGUCUAUGCGAAGAAAAAAAAGAUCAACUUCAUAAGCAAUCGUUAGAAUUACGUACAUGUCAAGAACAUUUAAUAGUUGAACAAAAUAAAAAUAUUACAAAUGAACAUGAACAUGAAAAAUUAUCUAAUAUAAUACAUUUAUCAAAAGAACAAAUUGAAAAACUUGAACAUAAUUUACAAGAAUCGAAAAUAAAAAAUGAACAAUAUGAAUAUACAAUAAAUGAAUUAACUUCUCGAAUAAAUUUAAUUGAAACAAAAUUAAUUGAAGCAAUGACAUUAAUUGAUUUACGUAAUAAAACAUUAAUUGAUUAUGAACAACAAAUGGAUAAAAUAAAAAUUGAAUUAAUACAAAAACAUAAAGAAAUUCUUGAUAAACAAUGUCAUAUUGAUCAAUUAGAACAAAAUGUUAUCGAUAAAACAGCUGAAGUUGCACAUUUAACUGAAACACUUGAAACUGGUCUUGUUAAAAUUCAUCAUAGAGAAAAAUUUGCUGAAGAUAAUGCAUCUAAAGCAUUACAUGAUGUUAAAGUUUUACAACGUGAACUUCGUCAUGUAUCAGAAUCAUUAACUCAACGUGAACAUGCAAAUCAUGCACUUAAUCAACAAAUUCAACAAUUAACAAAUGAAUUAAAAAUAAAACAAGAUGAAUUUCAACAAAUGCAAAAAUCAUUAAAUAAACAAUUAGCAAUUAAACAAGAACAACUUCUACGGUAUGAUCAAAAUCUUCAUGAAGUAGAAAUAAAAUCAAAAUAUGCUAAAGAAGAAUGUUUAAUACAAGAAAAAGAAAUUGCUCGUUUAAAUAAUGUUCAAGAAGAACAAGAAAAUCGUAUUAAAAUAUUACAACAAGAUCUAUUAAAACUUCAAGAAGAGAAAGAAUCCAUAAAUGUUCAAUAUGAACGUUCCGAAGCUGAUAUACGUAAUAUAAAAAUUUUGCGUGAAGAUGAAACACAUAAAUAUCGUCAUGAAAUAGAAAAAUUAAAUAGUGAAAUAGUAUCAUUAAAAACAAAUGAAACUGAUUUAUUAAAAAAUAUUGAUGAAUUAAAAGAAAAUCUUUUCAAUAUAACAAGUGAACGUAAUGAUAUACGAGAACAAAAUGAAAAUUAUCAAAAUGAAAUUGAAAAUAUACAAAAAAUGUUAUAUGAUGAAACUGAAUCAGCUUCAAAAUCUGCAACAAAAAUUGUUUUAUUAACACGACAAUUAGAUGAAGAACAAAAACGUGCUAUAGAUGCUAUACGUCAAUUAGAUGAAUUAAAAAUGCAAUCGAAAAGUUCAUCAAUGACAAUUGAUACAAUAAAAACUGAACUAAGUCAAGCACGUUCACUUAUACAAGAACAUUCUGUUAAAGAAAUGGAUUUAAAACAAAAUGUAAAUCGAACAAAUUCAUUAUUAGAAGAAACAAAUAAAUCACUUGAUGAUCGACAACGUGAAAUUGAAACUCUUAAUCAUCUUUUAUCACGUUUACAAAUUGAUUACGAAAAAUCAAAAAAUGAUUUAUCUAUCGUACAAGAUCAAAUAAUGCAACAUGAAAUUGCAAAUCAAACAUUAAAGCAACAUUUAACAGAAAAAACAAAUGAAUUAUCAGCAAUUACAAAUCGUCUUCAUCAAAUACAACAAGAUUUUCAUUCAUAUGAAAAAGAACAUCGAUAUUCAAAUGAAGAAUAUUUUGAACGUGAACAACGUAUGAAAACAAUCGAAAAUGAAUUAUCAAUGAUGAUUAGCAAUUAUGAAAAACUUCAACGUGAACACACUACUUUAAAUGAAGAUUUAACUAAAUGUCGAUAUGAUCUUGAACAAAGUCAAAAGUCUGAUAUUUCACAUAAAGAACAGGCAUCUGAAACAAGUGAACGAUGGGCUUAUAUUACAUCAAAACUUCAUGAACAAAUAACUGAUUUAAGUGAAGAUGCAAAUAGACUUCGUAUACUUGAUGAACGUUUUGAACAAUCAACAAAAACUUUAACACUUUUACGAAGUCACCAUGAAGAUUUAAUUUUACAAUUCAUGACUAUUAAACCUGUUCUUGAAAAAGCUCAUUUAUAUGUACGAGAAUAUAAACGUAAAUGGUCUCAAACAAGUGAUGAAAAUCGUCAUUUACGUAUGGAAGCAAAACGUAUGAGAACUAAAAUUGAUGAUUUUCAUCGAGCUGAAGGUAUAAUGCAUACAAAAAUUGAUGAACAAGAAAUGAAUUUAGUACAAUUACGUAAAGAGCUCAAUAAUACAACACAAGCUCAUUCUGAAGCUCAAGCACUUAUUGAACGUUUAAAACAUACAUUAGAUGAUACAAUACAAGAACGUGAUCAAUUAAUUAAAAAUAUGACAAAUGCUAAUAAAAAGAUUGAAAAACUUGAAAAUGAUAGUGAUGGAUAUACAAAUGAAAAUCGUUUAUUACAUCAAGCAACACAAAAAUUAGAAAAACAAUUAGCAAAUACACAGGCACAUAAUGAAUCAUUACAAAGAACAUAUCAACAAAAUGAAUUAUCAUAUCAAGAAAAAAUAAAUGAAUGUGAAUCAUUAUUAGUAUCAUUAAAAGAAGCAAAUAAAGAUUCAUUAUUUUUAUUAGAACAGAAAAAAGCUGAAUUAAAUAUGUCACAAUCAGAAAUACAAUCAUUAAAAUAUGACCAAUCUACAACAUCUGCCAAGUUUGAAAAAAUUGAAGAAAUGAAUCAAGAAUUAAAACGACGUAUAUCUAUUCUCGAACGAUCAAAUGAUGAAUAUAAACGUUUAAUACGAAAACGUGAAAAAGAACAUGAACAAAUUAAAAAUGAAUAUGAAAAUAAUAUUAAAAAUAUUUCAUCACUUAAUAAUAAGUGUACCAAACAAGAUGCUGAAUUAAAUAUUCUUCGUCUUGAAAAUGCAGCUUUAACUGAAGAAUUGAAAUUAAUGCGUGAAAAUGUUGAUCGUUGUGAACAAGAACAAAGACGUUUAAGAAAAGAUUGUGAUCAAGCAUUAAAUUUUAUUCAUGAUGGUAUUCCAGAAUUGUGUUUUGACGAUGGUAUUACUAACAAUAAUCGAAAUGGAACAUUACAAGAACAUUUAAAAAAAAUUCCAUCAUUAAUGCAACAAUUAACAGGCGAUAGAGAAAAUUUAAAAACUAAAAAUGCACUUUUAGUACAAUUUGUUCGUGGACUUACUUAUGAUCUUAAUGAUUGUCAGAGUAGUCAGAAAAAAUACAAAUUACUCAAAGCACAUUCAAAACAACAACAAUUAUUAUUAAAUCAAUUGGAAGCUCACGUUCGUUUUUAUGAAUCUGUAUUCAAAGAAAAAGGAUUUUUUCCAACAAUUGAAUAUUCUUCAGGAUCAACAGUAGCUUCAGCACCUGAUGUUAUCGACAAAGGAAAGUUGAUUUGUUUACCAGAUCGAACAAAUGGGUCUUGUCAGUGGACUUUAUUCGGUUGGAAUAUAAAUCAUGGAUGUGGAUACAAUCAAAAGAUGAGUUCAUAUUUAUGCAUUAUGAAACAUCUUGAUGGAUCAAAAUCUACAUUUCUCACAAAACUAAAUCUAUCAUCAAAUAAUCAAUAUUGUUUAGAAUUCAAAUAUCUUAUUACUGGUUCAAUUAUGAGUUCUUGUAUGAAUUUUUAUGGAAAAACUUUGGCUGAUACUAAAAAACAAUCCAUAUUAUUUUCGAAUUUUUGUAUUCCAAAUGAACAACUUGAGUUACUUUGGUAUUCUUUUACUGUUCCACUUCCAAAAAACUUAAUUAUGAUUAAUGUAGUCACAGAAAGUAAUGGUAUUGCUAGCAAUCAUUCAUUAAUCAUUAAAGAUUUAUUUAUUCAACAAUGUGAUCAAGCUUCGACAUUACGAAACAUUCUACCGAUGAAUUCAACUAUAGUUUCUUUAUGGUUGAAUGCAAAAAAGAAUUUUUGGUUUCAAUAUCGAUGGAUAUUCAUCAUAGGUAUUCCUAUACUUUUGCUCUUAUUAUUCAUCAUUAUUAUGAUUAUUCUCUAUACAUCUCAUCGAAUAUUUCAUCAAGAGUCAACAGUAACCGAACGAAUUCAAAUUUCAUCUAUGAAUCUUUCUCAACAUUUUUAUGAAGAACCUAUAUCAAUUAUUUUAACUCCUCCAAUAGACAUAAGUGUGUAUGAUCAUGUUCGAGAUAAUUAUCGCGUUGACAUUAUCUUUUUCUAUUUUAUUUCAAAAAAAACCUUUUAUGUUACAAUGUCAUCAAUAAUAAUCGAUGAUGAAAAUCGUCUAAACAAAUUAGAUCAAUAUGAAUCUAUUUUUAAACAUUAUGGUUUGAAAACACAAUCACAACAUGUUGAUCAUCAACAAGAAAAAUAUCUUAUUGAGAUAAAUAAUGAAUUAAAUAGAAAUAAUCUAUAUGAAACUCAUAGAAGAUUCUUAGAAAGAAAUGAGAGUAGCAAAAAAAUGAAUAAUACAAAAACUAUGGCAAAUAAAAGUUCAUCAAAAAAAUCUAAAAAAAGCAAAAAAUCAAAUAAAAAAGCUAAGAAAAAGAAUUAUGAAAAAGUUAUAAAAAUUACACUUCCUGAUGCAGCUAAAGCUCGUAAAACCACAUAUAGUAAACAACAACAAAAACCAAAUAAAAGUCAACAUAAUUCGAAUGUACCUUCAUCAAUGUCUAACGUAUCAUUAGAUGCUCUAUCGUCUUCAACAAUAAAAACAGUACAGAAAUUACCAACAUUCGAAUAUCAAAACAAUGAUUCAGUAUCAGAAGUACAAUCCAAUUCAUUUCCUAUAACAACUUUAAAAAGUACGGAUCAAAUAAUUUCUCCAACACUUUCAUUUAAUCAACUAAAGAUAGAUGAAACUAGUUCAAAAAAGAAUUCACAAAUCAAUGGGAAAAAUUCUAAUUUAAAUAAUAAAACACCAGAUAAUUUUGAAUUAACAUGGGAUUUAGAUGAAAUCAAUGAUUUCACUCGAAAUAUGUUGAAACACAAUAGUAACACUAAAUUUGUCAUUCGUUCAAAUCGAAUUCGGUUGAAAUGUGCCGUAGAUUCAGAUGAUUAUUUAACAAAAUAUAUUCAACGUCAAUCUCAUUGUUUGGAUGUUUUUGAACAAUACAUUACUACAUUGAAACGAUCAUUUGGUAUCAUUCGUGAGGCAGCUUCUGAUGCACCUAUAUUUGAUCCAGGUCUUACUAUCAUGGGUCCACACGUUAAAAAAGAUCCGUCUGUUAUUGAGAAUGAAGAAUCUUAUGUGGUAAAAAAGAUGGCUAGUAUAGAACCAAGAAAGAAAUAUGCACUGGUUCAUGAACAAAUAGGAAUUUUUAUUAUUGGUGGUUACAAUCUAUAUGUCAAUGUUCCUAUUCAAAAAGAACCUGAUACAGAUUAUUUAUUCAAAUUCAAUGGAAGUACAGUGAAAAUCCCACGAUUAAGUCCAUGUCGAGUUCAUUUUGGAAUAUAUACAGAUGGUGACGCUAUUUACGUUGCUGGUGGUCAAACGUUAUAUAAUGAAUUACUGGAUGAUAUUCAACGUUUAAAUUUACGAACAUUAAGAUGGGAAUAUGUUGCUAGAUUAAUGAAUCCUAUUGCUGCAUGUGGAAUGGCAGUUGAAGGACAACGAAUUUAUCUCGUAGGUGGUUAUGAUAUUUUUCAAAAUCAAACUUAUUUCGUCAAUACUUUUACUAUUUAUAAUUUGUUGACAGGAAAAUUUGAAAAAUCAACUGAUUUGCCAUCAUCACGUUGUCGCAGUCUAAUCUUUGCAACUAGUAAUGCUUUGUUUUGUGUAUCAGGUCUAAUUGAAGGUCGUGAUGAAAAUGGUAAUAAAAAAAUUAAAAUUUCUACUGAUAUUUUAAAAUGGAAACAUGAAACUCCAACAUGGAUUAAAGUUUCCCAAACACCUGAACUUAGUAAACUUCAUGCAUUAUCAUUCAAUGAUCCUUAUCUUGAAAUAAUGAAACGUAAUACUUCUGAUAAAGGUGAUGCUACUGACACCAUAGUUGAAGCUUAUUAUGAUUUUCGAACAAACAUUUGGGCAAAUGGCAAACCACCAGCAUCACCAAUGAAACUUAAAAGUGCAUCUGCUAUAAAAAAUCCAAACAACUCACUGGCGAAAUCGCCAUCGAAAGCAGCAAAUAAAACGAAAGCAACCCCAACUAAAACUCCUUCAAUAAUCUGUCAACAUCGUCCAUAUGAAUGUAUUCAAGUUUCAUAUCGUGGUAUUAAUAAAUGUAUAACAAAUUUUAAUCGUUUAACAACAGUUGCUCAUGUUAUUGAUGCAUUACUUGAUGAUUUAUCUGAAAAACAAUAUUUAUCUGUAAAUGAUUGUUGUUUAUAUAUUGAACGUCUACCAUAUUUAUUUCCAUUAAAAUCAACUGAUUUUAUUCAAGAUAUUCUAUUACGUUAUGCAUCAACACAUAUACAUUUUAAAUUAUCAUUUAAACGUAAUGCAUCACCAUCACGUUUGGCACAACGUAAAAAACUUCAUCGAACAUCAUAUCAACAAACAUCAUUAACAAAUGCUUAUGAACAAUUAAAAAUUCAAGAAUCAUUAAUACGACAACAACAUGAAAUAAUAACGCAAUUGAAAAAAAUUAAUUUAUCAAAUGAUCAUCGUAAUCAAUAUAAAACAUCAUCAAAUUAUACGAAUUAUUUCGAUUGGAUUACUCAAAGUAAUCAUAAUAGUGAUAGUGAUGAUAGCAAAAUUUCAUCAGAUAUUAUUCCGAUAUGUAGACGACAAUCACGACAAGAUGAAUAUCAUAAAGCUAUUAAUCAUAAUGCCACAAAUACAAGUCGUUCAUUAUCACGUGUUCGUUUUCGUACCUCAACAGGAAAUAAUACAAAUCAAUUACCAUCAUCGACAACACAAAUGAAAAGUAUUUUAAAAAAAAAUUCAUCAAAUUAUUCUUUUCUUCCACGAACUUCAAGUGUUGAUCGUGAUAUUAAUCGUUUAACAUCAAUUAAACAACGACGAAAUAGUUUAUAUAAAUUUGAUGAUGCUGAUGAUGAUAAUUUAUCAGAUCGAAGUACAACUGAUUCAUGUUUAGGUUCACUUUCAUCGAAUGAUAAUAAUAGUUAUGUUAGCAAUCAACAGCAUCUAGAAACACUUGUUUGA